GAUGAUGAUGAUGAUGAUGAUGAUGAUGAUGAUGAUGAUGAAGAUGAUGAUGAUGAUGAGGCUGACUGGCAAGGACAUGGAUACAGGAGCCAAGUCCACUCCAGCCUGGUCCAGUCCAGUUCAGCACAGUCUAGUUCAUUCCAGUUUGGUUUGGUCAUGCAGUCCCUGGCGGAGGAGAUCCAGAGUUUCUCUCGGACACGACUGAAAAAGCAGUGUACUCGUGUGACAUCCCUGAGUGGCCGCCGCAUCAUCGAGACCUGGAAGGGUUCUACAAUCACUGUGGUUGAAGACCCUGUCCCCACAGAGAGGAUGCUGGGAUAUGUACCUGACACUUCCUGGGACCUGCAGGUCGGCACGGUCAAGCCCUACCUGCUGCUGGGUUCUCAAGAUGCUGCACAUGACUUUGGCACUCUGAGAAAACACAAGGUGUCUCACAUUCUGAAUGUGGCCUUCGGGGUGGAGAACGUGUUUCCUGACCUGUUCAUCUAUAAGACUGUCAGCAUUCUGGAUCAUCCCGACACUGAUCUGCUGCUUCACAUCCAGGACUGUUGUGACUUCAUCCAGCAGGCUCGCAGUGAGAAAGGUGUGGUGUUGGUCCACUGUAAUGCUGGUGUAUCACGGGCACCAGCAGUGGUCAUUGGCUACCUAAUGUCAUGUGACGACCAGUCGUUUGAUGACGCCCUCUUGUUGGUCAAGUCAGCUCGGCCUGCCUCCUGCCCCAACCCUGGCUUCCUGGAACAACUGAGGAACUACAAAACACCAACGAUGAAUGGAUCCAAACACUAAAGGAUGAAGAGAAAAUGUUUGAUUAAUCUCUGUGGGGAAAUUCAUCCUCUGCAUUUGACCCAUCCUCGCUGUUUCAGAGUGGCAGGCAGCCACAAACUUCAG